CUCAUGGUCAUUCCUACUUUUUUGGCAAAUAGUCAAAACAACCAUAAAAGUGUGGUCAUAUAUACUAUAGAUUUUUUCUCAUAUGACUCCAUUCAGAAAUCCGAACCGGUUCCGGAAUGAGUUUAACUGGACAGCUUUCGAUAAGUUUUGAUUCGAGCCAACAACAUCUAGCCCUCUGACAGAUAAAAUUUAAUAUACCAUUUAAUUGUAAACAAAAGAUAGCGAUUUUUCAAAUUUUGUGGCAGCGAUUUUUUUUAAAUUUUGAUGUUUCAUUGGUUCGAAGUUUAUGCACAGCUUAAACAGUUUCAUAGAAUUUUCAUAUAACAAAAAUGGUGCUACGGUGCUGCAUAACCAAUUGUAGCAAUGGAAAAAAUCAUUUGGCGGAUCGGACCGUUGAUUUUCAUCCUUUUCCAUCAGAUCCUGAACUUCGCGAGAAAUGGGUUGACUUUGUUGGUGCAGGCAACAGACCAUUUCGCUGCAAAAAUAAAUUUAUAUGCUCGGAUCAUUUUCCAAUAUUGGAUGCAGAUAAUAGACUUCCAAAUAAUGCUCUUCCGACGGCGCUCCCCACCAUCAAUGCUUUUCAAACAGCACUUAAAAAAUCCGAACAUAAAGAGAUCAAUCCUAGACAUAGCUCAAUUUCGGAAGUAGUAGAGAUAAUCGAAUUGCGAACUCUUUUCUGUAGGAUUUGUCUUAAAAAAAGAACUGAUCUGGUGCCUUUCAGUUCCAAGAUACACAACACUACGUUGUUCGAUGUUAUCAACACUGUUGCCGGUUUGAAUAUUGAUACGGACGGUAUUGUUCCUACCAAAAUAUGCUCCAGCUGUGUCUCACAACUAGACAUGGCAUUCAAUGUGCGUAUGGAUUUUCAGCGACAGGAAACUUUCCUAAAGGAGCUGGUCCAGAAUAAACAGUUAAUGUAUCACUAUAAGCUGUAUGAUAACCGUAGACCGGCGACUGAUGUGAAGGAAGACGAUCAGUUCAAUCUGUUGGAUAGCUCUAAGCAGGAUGAAUCAAUAUUAAUUUGUACGGAAGCUACGGAGGAAGCGGAUAUUACGAAAAUAGAAUACGAAGUAUCAGAAGAAGUUUACAGUACAGUUGAAGUUCGAAGUGACGAUGAAUCGUCAAGUGGGCUUGUGGGGAUGUUUGAGGAGCAUUUGAUUGAUGAGCACAACCAAAUGGAGGAUGAGGAUACGUCAUUACAGCAAGCAUCCUUUGAAAACUCGCAUUUUUCUCCGAGCGAAGAUUUUUUCAAAGAAGACAAAUCUGAAAUGCAUAUAAAACAAGAGGUUUCUUGUGGCAAUGAGGAAAAAAAUGUGUCCAUCCGUGGUCAGGAGAAGAAUCAUGUCAAGUUUGCUCCCAACACUUGUUACGUUUGUAGCACUCAGCACAAGAACGUCGAAGCCCUAGAGGCCCACAUCGAAAGUCACGUCGAUAUUCUACCUUACACCUGCAAGGUGUGUGAUACAGAAACACAUCCUCAGAUUUUCAAAACGCUAGUGCUACUCAACAAACAUUUACGUAUGCACCUCUAUCCGAUACGUUGUGAACACUGUCCGCAGCGAUUCCUAACUAAAAAGUCUUACGCAGGUCAUAAGAACAAUUUGCACAAUACGAGCCAAAUUGGUCAUAACUGUAAUUAUUGCGGACGAGUCUUUAGUUUGAAGCGGCCGUUUCAAAAACAUAUAGCGGAGCAUCGUGCAGUGGAAAAGGGUAAAUACAAGUGCGAAUACUGUAGUAAGGCCUUUCGGGAUAAUGCAUUGCUGAAGCGACACGUAAGAAUACAUACAGGUGAAAAACCAUAUGAGUGUAAAAAGUGUGGAAAAUGGUUCAACCACGAAGCUAAUUUUCAGAGUCACAAGCGUAAACACAUUGGUGAAAACUGUCGAUUGAUGAAGAGAAACAAUACGUCUGGUCCGAAGCAGUAUACUUGCGAUUUCGAAAAAUGUGAUUUUGUAACCGAAGUGUACAGUAAGUUUCAUUGCCAUCGGAACCGGCACCUGAAUCAGUACCGGUGCGAGAUGUGUGAAAAACGUUUUCCAUACAAGAGUUCGCUGACCAAACAUAUUGUUAUGGUACACGAACGCAGAUUGCCUGAGAGAAACCUACUCUGUCCGUACUGUCCAAAACUUUUCAACUGCAAGCAAAACUUGCAGCUCCACGUUGAUAUCCACGAGGGUAACCGGCAUUUCAAGUGUCAAUUCUGCGAAAAAGAAUUUGUGCAGAAAGUGAACUGCCUAGCCCAUGAAAGAACGCACACCGGAGAACGACCGUACGUAUGUCGGGUCUGUCCGGCGGCAUUUUCAACUUCAACAAGCAGGAAGAAACACGAGCAAAACCAUUCGAAUGAUCAUUCAGCAAGGCUAGUGUCGGGACGGAGUAAGGAUGGAGCUGUGGAAAAAGCUUCGAUGGCGGAACCGCUUAUGAUUAGUGUCGAUAUGACCCAGGAAAAUGAAAGAUAUGAGGAAGUGGUAGAAUAUACAACUACUGACCUGUAGAACGAUUUACUUCGACAAUCAAGUAAGUGGUUAUUUCUUCUAAUUCUUGUCGCGAAUCUCCGAUGAAUAAUUUAAAUAAUAAUGGUUCAAGUUGAGGUAGAGAUAAACGUGCUUGCGCGGUAAAAUCGUAUUCUUGGAAUAAACUUCCAGCUCUCUAUGAUGAGUAUGCAA